ACCGUAGAUAUUAACCGUUUAUGAAACAGGGAUUGAUUCAAGAAAACGAUCAAGAAAAGUUUAUUCAUCGGUGACGACGACGGCUCUGAUGAACCCUCCACCUCCAAAACCGUCGCAAGUUAUUGACUUAACCGAGUUGAUGCAGAAAACGCCUAAUGUGGUUUCUACUGGUCUUCGAUUAUCUCAUGACCAGUCACAGAAUCAAGAACAGUUUUAUUCUUCUCUUCCCGGAGAUGUUACCGGAAAUAUUAAACGGCAAAGAGAUGAAUUAGAUAUAUUCAUUCAAACUCAGGGUGAGGAACUGCGGCGUACGUUAGUGGAGAACAGAGAGAGGCGCUACGUAAAGCUAUUGUGCGCCGCGGAGGAGAUAGUCGGACGGAAAGUGAGAGAAAGAGACGCGGAGUUGGAGAAAGCCACGCGUCUUCACGCUGAGCUAGAGGCGCGUGUAGCUCACCUCGCGGAAGAGGCGCGAAACUGGCAGUUAAGAGCGGCGACGCGGGAAGCCGAGGUUUCCUCGUUACAGGCUCAUCUCCAACAAGCAAUAGCGAGCCGCAGAGAUACGGCGGCGAAACAGAGCACGUUCGGAGACGACGACGGCGACGCGGAGGAAGCAGAGGACGCCGAAUCGGUGUACGUGGAUCCGGAGCGGAUCGAAUUGAUUGGACCUAGUUGUAGGAUUUGCCGGCGAAAAUCUGCGACGGUGAUGGCAUUGCCAUGUCGGCAUCUGGCUCUAUGUGAAGGAUGCGACGGCGGAACAUUGCGAGCUUGUCCGAUUUGCCUCGCCGUGACAAAUCCCGGUGUCGAAAUUUUAUAUUGAUGAUGAUGAGUAUUUAAUGCUAGGCCAGUUAUAGGCCCAUGGGUCCAUCCAGAUCUAGCAACAAACAAGACAACAGUACAGAAAAAGGACGUUUUCUAUAAGCAAAAAUAAAUUGAAAAUGAGAUU